CUGUUUAUACCAAUGAGUAAAAAACACACCCAUUAACCCAAAAUCAGUUUGUUCUGAGAAAAGUUCGGUUUUUUGGCUUUUAUUUUUAUUUUUUUUUUCAGUUUUAACCAUGGAAGCAAAGAAGCAGAAGGUGGCGAUGGAUUUGAUUCUGUUGUCUUUGAUGUUAUUUGGUUUGGGUGUGAGUGCUUGGACUGGUGAAAUUCAUGGAAGAGUUGUUUGUGAUGUUUGUGGGGAUUCUUCUCUUGGACCUGAAGAUCAUGUUCUUGAAGGUGCUGAGGUUGCUGUUCUUUGCAUCACCAAGUCCAAUGAAGUUCUAAAUUAUCAGGCAUUUACAGAUGCCAAAGGGAUAUAUACAGUAGCUGAGACAAUGCCCGAGAGUGAUCGUUGGGACGCGUGUCUUGCUCGACCAAUCAGUAGUUUCCACGAGCACUGCACUCAUCUUGGUGGUGGUAGCUCGGGCGUGAAAUUCAGUUACACUCAUCCAUCAGGGUAUUCACAUGCUGUCAGAACCUUUGUUUACAAACCUGUCAAUGUUCCACCUUAUUGCAUCUGAUAUGUACCUGCUUUUGUUCUGAAUCUAUUAGUGUUUGUGCUUGGUUGAACUACAAAUGAAAACAAAUUACUAGAAUGUGCAUGUGUCACUAUUCAGUAUUGUCAAAUAGCUUCUAUAGCGGUGCUAUAAUUCUAUAGCAUAACAGAAUGUGAACAAUUCGAUGUUGUUCUAAUACACUAUUUAGUACAAAGUGUUGUUAAAUAGUUGUUAUUGCAGCACUAUAACAUAGCAGAAUUUUAACAAACUGCUAUUUUUCUCGAUCUGUAUUGGGCAACCUUGAUUGUAGUGUAAGAAAGUUAUUUAAAUAAUUGUA